GUUGCUAGAAGGAGUCCGCGUAGACGUCUGACUAGACGCCGCGACUUACCUUUGAGCGGUGCGCUGUAGAUCCCGCGCUCGGAACCUGUCCAGGGCUUCUGGGCUGCGGGGCCUGGAAGGAGGUCUACCGAAGCGGUUCGAGAACGAUCUGGGGGACGUUUAAGCGUUCUCCUUGUCAUCCUACUCAACGCCAUGUCCUGGAUGUUCAAGAGGGAUCCUGUUUGGAAGUAUUUGCAGACGGUUCAGUAUGGAGCGCAAGGAAGUUUUCCACGCCUCUCAUAUCCAACUUUUUUCCCUCGUUUUGAAUUCCAAGAUAUUAUUCCUCCAGAUGACUUCCUAACUAGUGAUGAAGAGCUAGAUUCAGUUUUAUUUGGAACUUUAAGAGGUCAUGUGGUUGGACUACGCUAUUACACAGGAGUAGUUAAUAAUAAUGAAAUGGUUGCAUUACAACGAGAUUCUGAUAACCCCUAUGAUAAAAAUGCAAUUAAAGUGAACAAUGUGAAUGGAAAUCAAGUUGGCCAUGUGAAGAAAGAUCUCGCAGCUGCUUUGGCUUAUAUCAUGGACAACAAAUUAGCACAAAUCGAAGGGGUAGUUCCCUUUGGUGCAAAUAACACUUUUACCAUGCCUCUGCAUAUGACUUUCUGGGGAAAAGAAGAAAAUAGAAAAGCAGUUUUAGAUCAGUUGAAGAAACAUGGAUUUAAAUUGGGUCCUGCACCAAAAACUUUAGGAUUCAGCUUGGAAAGUGGUUGGAGCUCUGGAAGAGCUGGACCAAGCUAUAGUAUGCCGGUUCAUGCUGCAGUACAGAUGACAACUGAACAGCUUAAAACGGAAUUUGACAAAUUGUUUGAAGAUUUAAAAGAAGAUGAUAAAACUCAAGAAAUGGAACCAGCUGAGGCUAUUGAAACACCGUUGCUUCCGCAUCAGAAGCAAGCUCUAGCUUGGAUGGUUUCACGGGAAAACAGUAAAGAACUUCCACCAUUCUGGGAACAGCGAGAUGAUUUAUAUUAUAAUACAAUAACAAAUUUUUCUGAGAAAGACCGACCAGAAAAUGUCCACGGAGGGAUUUUAGCUGAUGAUAUGGGUUUGGGUAAAACUCUUACGGUCAUUGCAGUAAUUCUUACCAACUUCCAUGAUGGCAAACCUCUUCCUAUUGAAAGACUUAAAAAGAAUCUACUGAAGAAGGAAUGUAAUGACAAAUCUAUGAAAUUUGGAAGAAGCAAUACCAGUGAAAAGGUGGAUGGACUAAGCAAAGAAGGAUCUAAAUGUAGUGAAGAACCCAGUAUUUCAGAUGUCAAGGAGAAGAAUGAGCAUCCCAUGUCAGAAUUGUCUGGCUCCCGCCCUAAAAGAAGAAAAACUUCCAUCCAGUACUUUGAAAGCAGUGAUUCAGAGGAAAUUGAAACAAAGGAAUUGCCAAAGAAAAGGAAAGGCAAACUGAAAAAUGUACAAUCAGAGACUAAAAGCAGGGUACAAGAAUCUUCUAAGGUUAAAGAAGAUGUGGCAUUUGCAUGUGCACCUAAAUCAUCUACCCGUACCACAAAAAAGAAAACAUUAAAAAAGGGAGUAACUGCAGUGGAAGGUUCAAAGAAGAUUGAUGUUGAAGGGAGACCGAGAACAACACUGAUCAUCUGUCCACUUUCUGUACUAAGCAACUGGAUUGACCAGUUUGGACAACAUAUAAAGUCAGAUGUGCACUUGAAUUUUUAUGUUUAUUAUGGUCCUGAUCGUAUUAGAGACUCAGCUUUACUUUCAAAACAGGAUAUUGUUUUGACUACAUACAAUAUUUUAACUCAUGACUAUGGAAUGAAACAUUUAUUUCAGACUAAAGGUGAUAGUCCAUUACAUAGCAUAAAGUGGCUGAGAGUGAUCCUGGAUGAAGGACAUGCCAUACGAAAUCCGAAUGCUCAACAGACUAAAGCUGUACUUGAUUUAGAAGCAGAAAGGAGAUGGGUAUUGACAGGUACUCCAAUACAGAAUUCUUUAAAGGAUUUGUGGUCUCUUCUUUCCUUUUUAAAACUUAAACCAUUUCUUGAUAGAGAAUGGUGGCAUAGAACAAUACAGCGUCCUGUCACCAUGGGAGAUGAAGGAGGACUUCGGCGUUUACAGUCCCUAAUUAAAAAUACUACACUUAGAAGAACAAAGACAAGCAAAAUUAAAGGAAAACCUGUUUUGGAAUUACCAGAACGUAAAGUAUUUAUUCAGCACAUUACACUUUCAGAUGAAGAGAGAAAAAUUUAUCAGUCUGUGAAAAAUGAAGGCAGAGCUACUAUUGGGAGGUAUUUUAAUGAAGGGACUGUCCUUGCACACUACGCAGAUGUCCUGGGUCUUUUGCUUAGAUUGCGACAGAUUUGUUGUCAUACGCACCUUCUUACAAAUGUAGUUUCUUCCACUGGUUCUGCAGCCUUUUCUUUAGGAAAUGACACACCUGAAGAACUGAGAAAGAAGUUAAUAAGGAAGAUGAAGUUAAUUCUGAGCUCAGGUUCAGAUGAAGAAUGUUCAAUUUGCUUGGAUUCUUUAACCGUUCCUGUGAUAACACAUUGUGCACAUGUGUUUUGUAAACCCUGUAUUUGCCAAGUCAUUCAGAAUGAGCAGCCACAUGCUAAAUGCCCUUUAUGCAGAAAUGAUAUACAUGCUGACAAUUUAUUAGAAUGUCCUCCAGAAGAACUAGCAUGUGACAGUGAGAGAAGGGCUAAUACAGAAUGGACAUCCAGUUCCAAGAUUAAUGCUCUAAUGCAUGCAUUGAUUGACUUAAGAACAAAUAAUCCCAACAUAAAAAGUUUAGUUGUUUCUCAGUUUACAACAUUCCUGACUUUACUAGAAACACCACUAAAAGCCGCUGGAUUUGUGUUUACUCGUUUAGAUGGUUCCAUGGCCCAAAAGAAAAGAGUUGAAUCAAUUCAGUGUUUCCAAAACACUGAAGCAGGAUCUCCAACUAUAAUGCUUCUGUCCUUAAAAGCAGGUGGAGUUGGUUUGAAUCUUUCUGCAGCUUCUCGAGUGUUUUUAAUGGAUCCAGCCUGGAAUCCCGCUGCUGAAGAUCAGUGCUUUGAUAGAUGCCAUAGACUUGGCCAGAAGCAGGAAGUCAUCAUUACAAAGUUCAUUGUGAAGGACUCUGUUGAAGAAAAUAUGCUGCAAAUUCAAAAUACAAAGAGAGAACUUGCAGCAGGAGCCUUUGGAACUAAAAAGACAAAUGCUAAUGAAAUGAAACAAGCUAAAAUUAAUGAAAUCAGAACUUUAAUUGACUUAUAAUUUGUGGGACUUUAGUAAGGUCAGUUUGAUCAGAUAUGUAAGUUUUGGUGAUGAGAAAAGUACAGAGUUUUAGAAGUAAGAUCUAAACAAUGUGUCAUCAAAGGGGCAUGUUGUUUCAUAUUAGUGAAGCGGAAUUACUGACAUAGUCCUUUAUAUAUGAACCUAUUUUUAAUGAUACUUCAAAUAGCAAUAAGUUUCAUUAUAUACUACGGCCUAAAAUUUUUGAGGAAAAAAGUUAGUUACUCAACUUUUCAUAGUUACCCAUGCUGAGUAUGUUCAUGUAUCUUCCAAGUACUCAGUUUUUUCAUAUUUCAAAGAAGUACAUUUAGCCAAAUAGUUAUUUUCUGGGUUGGACAUAAUUAUCUACCACAGCACUGACUUGUGAUGCAGCAGAUACACAGUCCUUGUAAACAAUAUACAGAGAUUGAUUCUAUUGGACUUUCAAAAGUCCAGAACCAAACCUUAAAAUGAGACCAAAGUCUAGAUUUGCAAAUUACUUGCAGUUUUUAAAACAGCUAUAUUGAGAUAUAAUUCACAUAAGUGACUUGCAAUUUUAUGUUCAUUAAAAAAUUAGGUAUUAUGUUAUAGCACUGUUACCUAUUUUAGUCAAGUGGUACUACGUUUAUUGUUUAAAUGUAACAUGAUAUAUUUAGGGUAUAAAUAUAUAGUUUGGAGGUGGGUGACAGGAAACCAAUUCUACCCAAUUUGAUUUGAAUAUUUAAAUUAUGGAGUUGCUAAAGAGAUACUUCUAUAAAUAAUUUUUAUUUAUGUAGCUUUUUUGGAAAUAACUUUAUAAAUUUUUAUAAUUCAGAAGACUACUAUAUGUCAGAGGCGUGAUAAUCUGGAUGGAAGUUUGGCUGGAUGACCUCCAAAGUCGUUUCAACUCUAAAGACAUCUUAAUCCUGAAUGUAAAAAUUUAUUGUGUGUUUAAGAUUCAGAAUUUGAUUUUGUAACUUCAGUAACUCAUCCUUACAUCUAUGUAUAGAAUAAGUCAUCUUUUUCUCUUUCGUUAAUAAGCAGCCUCACAAAAGUUUCCACAGCAUUCUAGAUGACUUUCAGUCAUACUUAAAAUGAGUAAGCUAGAAAUUUAGAAGUCAGGUUAAGGCAGUCAGUGGUUCUAUUAAGGGAAACUUUUUUUUUUUAAUCCAAAGAAAGAUUACUGUAACAAGAGAAGCUUCGCGUUUGAUGAUACGGAUUAACCUUGAUUGAAAAGAUGAGAUUAGAGGCAUUGCUGUGUUACAGGGUGCACAUCUAAGGUAUGUGCCGAAUCUCUCACAGCUAAGUCCCUGCCUCCCUGCGAUUUACCCCUUGCUCAAAGGCAACAGUGGAUUAGACAGAACCUUCCCAAGACCUUUUCUCUGCAGUGGAAGCUAAGGCAGAGCUGAUGUUCAUCGAGACCAAGACCUUUUGGCAGGGAUGAGAGUGGAAUACUUGGGGUUGGUCCACUAGCAUUAUUAGAAGCAGUAGGGAAGUUCUUUACUUUGUAGUCUAGCAUUACACACACAAAAAUCAGGUAGCUCAGACUAUGGGUUUCUUCCUAUACCAGUGCUCCAGUGAGAUUGAGUUAUAAACAGUUUUUGGCAAAUAACACAAUUCAGUCUUGGUUUCAAAGGCAAAACUUUACAAACUCACUGUAAAGGUGAAGAAAGACAACUUGCAUCUUUACCUAGACAUUUACGGAGUUGUGUUUUUAAACACACUCAUAAAUUUGGCAAGUCAUUAAAAAAAAGUUUUGUUUUGUAUAGUUUUAUUAAAAAAUUUAAUUUGUUCUAAGAAAAUAUAUAAACCACUGGAAUGAAAACUUUGUUAUGCUAUACUGUUAAUUCUGGGUUUUUUUUGCAUAGAAUAAUAGCUUUAGAAAUAUUUUGAAGAAAUGGAAUUCCCAUUUGUGGUUUGAACUGGACUUUUCUUUUUUUAAAUGAAUAAAAAUUUCAAAAGUUUAUUAGCUUCCUCAUUGCCAUAAUUUGAAUGACUUCUUUCUCUUUAAAGAAAAUAAAUCCUGGCUUGGUGCCUAUAGGGCAGCAUCCAGGGUGCCAGCCACAUACACUGAGGCUGGUGGGUUUGAACCCAGCCCAGACCAGCUAAAACAACAAUGACAAAUGCAACAACAACAAGAAGCCAGGCCUUGUGGAGGGUGCUUGUAGUCCCAGCUCCUUGAGAGGCUGAGACAAGAGAAUUGCUUAAGCCUAAGAGUUUGAGGUUGUUGUGAGCUGUGACACCACGGCACUCUACCCAGGGCGACAGCUUGAGACUCUGUCUCAAUAAAAAAAGAAAAGAAGUCUUCAGUUAAAUCUCACUCUUUGCAGGUGUUUAUAUUACAUGAUUUUUACUGACGGUACAUAAAAGUACUAUAACUGAGAAUAAUUUACUCAUAUCCCAUUUUUCUAACUCAUUGAAUUUCAAGUUCAAGAAAUCAAAGUGUUUAUUUAAAAUCCUUGAUCUAUGAUGCCAUAGCACUCAACUCCAGGGUGACAAAGUGAGAUUUCGUCUCAAAAAAAUAAAUAAAAUGCUUGAUCUAAAAACAUUGGUUCUAAUUAAUUUCCUUAUCUGCAAAAAAACAAAGUUGUGAUAACACCUAUCUACACAUAGGUGCAAUCUUAAUCAUUGUAGAUUUUUACCCUUAAAAUUAAAGCUCUAGAAUUAGCUAUUUCCAGUCAAGAAAAUAAUCCUAUGUACUUUGUUAACCAGAGGGCACCAAUGAAGUAUUCUCAGGUAGUGCUAGGAAGCGCCAGAGACAUUAUUAUAUUCUGCUCUUGUAUAUAAUGUUUGCCAAAUUACUAAUCAUUAGCAUUUGGAUAAGAUUCAUUAAAAAUAUGAGGACAGAUUUAAUGUUUGGCUCAUAACUACAACAAAUGUUUUACCUUAAGUUUUUAAUGCAUUGAUAUUAAAAUAUUUUCAAAAGGUAUAAUGAAACAGGAAAAUACAGGAGAAACAUUCACUUUAUGCAUAAAUCAUAGACCACAAUCAAACAUACAGCUAAGCUAAAAAGGCACAGAUCUGACCUUUGGUGGGCAAGUUUGUCUUAUGACUAAAGAUUAUACCGACCAUUGUUCACAAGGAUGUAAAAAUAGUAUAUAUUGAUUACCUCCACAAAUUAGUAUCUUUUUUUGAGUUAUUACUGUUUUUUAAAUACAUCUUACUAAGCCCUUCUAUUUUGGGCUUCCUGGAAAGGAAUUUUACAGUAUAAUUAGUACUGCUCUGCAUAGAAAAGUUAAUACUUUUAAUUAAGAUAUAUUCUUUAAAAAUCAAGAAAAGAACUUGCUAACUCAAUUCAGUAACUUCCCAGACACUUAACUCGACACCUUUCUGUACAUAGGCUUUUUUUUUAUUGGUAAACUUGUCAUUUCUGAUUCUAAAAGUUAAUAGCCUUCACUAAAUACUUAUUUAAAUUUUAAAAAUUACAUAAGCUUUCUCUUACUACUAUGUGACAAAUAGGGAAUCAAAAGUAGUAAAUACAGAAAAUUAACAGUCUAUAUUGCAUGGCCACAAAAGUAAGGCAGCAUUAUUUUUCUGAAGACUAAGUUUCUGAGCAUCUCUACCAGGGACUCAGAAGCCAAAAAAGCUGCUGACUGCUAAAAUUAUUUUGAGAGCUCUUCAUCCCGCAGCACCUACCCAAUACAUGGAGGCACAAAAUAAAUCUUUGGUAUAUGCUUCAUUGCACUCCCAGCAACUCAUUCCCCAUCAGUUCAAACUACUAGUUUAUUUUAUCAGAAAUCAUUUGUCAUCUAACAUUUUAUAGUUUUAGGCGAAUCCUCAGGUUCUUUAGCUCAUGGUAGUCAGCCUUCAAGGUGGUUCCAAACCAUUCUUGCCUCCAAGUAUCCAUACCUUUGUGUAUUCACUUACACUAAUACGAAUGACCCAUGUAACCAACAGGAUAUUGUAGAAAUGAAGGAGGGUAACCUCAAAAGCUAGGUUACAACGGCCAUGAAGCUUCUGCCCAAUUAAACCUUCCAGGUUUCUUUCUGUUGUAGUCUACUCUCCUGUUUUCUUCUAACAAUUGUUUCUGCUUACUCAUUUUAAUGUUUUAAAGGUCAUUUUCUCUAGCUUUCCCUUCCUUGCAACCUAGAAUCAUCUAUGGAUUUAAUUAGUUUCACAACUCCAUUCUAUCAUUUUUAAAUCAUGGAUAAAAAUACCAGAAGACGGGGUGGCGCCUGUGGCUCAGUGAGUAGGGCACCGGCCCCAUAUACAGAGGGUGGUGGGUUCAAACCCAGUCCCGGCCAAACUGCAACAACAACAACAAAAUAGCCGGCCGUUGUGGCAGGUGCCUGUAGUCCCAGCUACUCGGAAGGCUGAGGCAAGAGAAUCGCCUAAGCCCAAGAGCUGGAGGUUGCUGUGAGCUGUGAUGCCACAACACUCUACUGAAUGGCGACAAAGUGAGACUCUGUCUCUAAAGAAACAAAAAAACAGAAGGCGGUAGGUCCAGGACUCAUUCUGACAGACCAGAAAGAUUACUGAGUAUGUUCAGAGACUGACAGUGAACUUACGAUGAGGUUAAGGUUACAAUAUUCUAAUUAUUUGAAUACCCACUUAAUAUGGGUAUGAAGGUAUUAAGGGUAUUAACAUGAGGUACAGUGUGGAUGACAGACUAGAUAAAUGGAUCUAACUUCCAAUCUAUCAGCUCCAUCAC